AUGACCAAAGAGGUUGAGUUGGCUGCACAAAUGAGGGAUAUAACUCGAUGGCUUCUAGAAUCCUAUGGUGGAAAUAACGAUUUAAGCAACGACAGUAAUGUUUUAAGCAAAGGCAGCCUCAUGGAAGCAGGCUAUUCACAUGCCACGGUUCUAGGUGAUGCUGCAUGUGAAACUGCUGUCGUCAAACUUACUUCAACCAACCUUCUGUUUGGGUUCCUAUCAUAUAUAGCAAAAGAGAUCAAAUGGGGUGGUGCAAAACAUGAGCUUGUAGAGAAAUAUGAUGGUAGAACUAUGUAUCCAGGAUCAUCAUUUCAGGCCUUCCUCGAGGUUGUGAAGAGAAGGAGUCUACCGUGGAAAGAUGUAGAAAUGUAUCCAUGA